AUGUCUUCUCAACAACUUUGUGUUAUUACCAAUGUCGAUUCUCUCGUUGGUUAUGCCCUGGCUUUUUAUUUUUUGAAGGAACAACAACAUGGUUCUCUCCGUCUUUUGUGUCGUAACAAGGAAGGUUUGGAAGAAUUAGCCAAGAUGGGUGGUGAAAUCCGUCAAGUGGAUUAUAAUCGUGAAGACCAAGUUCGUGAUUGUUUCAAAAAUGUCAAGGCUGGUAUAUUGAUUCCUGAACAUGAUUCUCAUCGUAUUCAACAAGCUGAAAAUGUCAUGAAGGCUGCUAAGAAUGAAAAUGUCCACCAUUUAUGCAUGAUGUCUCUUGUUGGAGUUGAUCAUGUAGAUCAAAAUGAAAGUGAAAAAUUCAAAAAUCUUCUUCAAUAUCGUCACUUGGAACAAAAGAUCAAGGAAAUCAUGGGAAAUCAAGAACAAUGGUCGAUUGUACGUUUGUCUGCUCCUAAUCAACUCUUUUAUUUGAUGGCACCUUUACUUGAAAGUCAUCGUGUCUUACGUUUACCUAUCAAGAAGGAUCAAAAGUGGUCACCAGUGGAUUUGAAUGAUGUAGUAGAAGCUAUUUUCAAGUUGGCCAAGGAAAAUCAACAACAAGGUCUCUUUUAUGGUAGAAAUCGGAAAGAACUCUAUCAAUUUACUCCCCGACAAGUUCUCUCCAUGGAAGAAUUAGUUCGUCAAAUCAGUCAAGGAUUGGUGCAUGAAGCUGAAGAAAUCAAGUAUGAACAAGUAGGUCGAGAUGAAAUUCGCAAGUACCUUGAACAAAUGCGUAAUGAUAAACGAUUUAAGGAAAGACCCAAAUCUGAUCAUACCAUUGGUCGUCAAGACAAGCCUUAUACGUUUCCUCUUGGUCGUUACAUGAAUGAUGAUUGUAUUGAAACUUUACUUGAAAUCUGGGAAUUAGCUAAUCAAGGUCGGAUGGAUAUUCAUACUGAUGAUUUGAAGCAAAUUUUGGGUCGUGAUCCUCAAGAUAUUCGCUCUUAUUUUGAACAAAAUCGUGGCAACUUUGAUAGUCUCCGCUAG